AGGGAAACAGAAGAUCCAAAACCCGAUUAAAAUAUUUCUCAACCCGUUUACCCGCCCGCCCCGCCCGCCAUUUCUCUCCGACGCCCUGCCACGUGUCCUUAUGCCCCCUUCAACGGCCCGAAACCUAGUCUCUCUCUUCCGCUCCGCCGCUAGACUCACCUCUCAACGCUCCGUUACCUCCGCCGCCAGGAAGAAGCGCUCCUCCUCCUCCUCCUCCGCCGCCGCCGCUGUUUCGAAGAAGAAGGAUUUUCCCCCCUCAUCAGCCGACGCCGACCUAAAACAGUAUGUGUCCGCCAUCAAACCCUCCGCCGCGGUUAACAAAAAUGCCAAACACCUUCUCAAAACCUUCAAGGCGCCGCCGCCGUCUUCUUCGACUAUCUCCAAUCCUCCUAAACCCUCUCUCCAUGCUAUCUGUACGGACGGCGUUGAUUCCGAGGACGACGAUAAUUCGGCAGAGCAAAUGUUGACCCAUGCAUCCAGUUUAUUGUACGAUGAGAUGGACUUGCCUUGGGAUGAUGAAGAGAGAGGAGAUACUAAAGUUAUUGGAAGUGUUUUGGACAUGCCGUGGUUGGAAAAAAUGACAAACAAUAGUAUAGCAGAGUGGAGGAAAGAAUUCUCACGAGAUAGGAAGCAAAAGUGGGUUUUUAAGAGCACACAAACUAAUCGUUUUGGCCGCAUGGUGAAUGUGUGUGCCGAUAAGCUGGGACCAGAUGCUGCCGUUGAAGUAUUUGGUAAAUUGGGACAAGAAACUGGGUUGAAGGAAUAUAAUUCCUUAAUUAGUAUUUGCAUAAAGAAGGCAAGGGGUACAACAGAUGAAGAUGUUUCGACGGAGCAGAUAUAUAGGGCCUACCAAAUUUUUAUAUCGUUAAGGGAAAAAGGUUUUAAAAUCGAGGAAGAAACAUAUGGACAGUUUCUGAUGUAUCUAAUUGAUUUUGGUAUGGUCGAAGAGUUCUUUUUCUUCCAUGAGAUAAUCAAAGCCGACAAUUCUGAUUCACUUCCACGCUUAGCUUAUUACGAAAUGCUACUGUGGAUAAGAGUCAACAACGAAGUUAAAAUUCAAGAACUUUGCCUUUCUGCUGUGGCUGAUGAUGCUGAAGAUAAAUCUCAUUUUCAAGAAUGUAUAUUAAUGGCAUUGUGUGAAAGUGGCCGCAAAGAAGAGUUUAUGAUUGUAUUGAGAACUCUGGAUAUAACUAAAUUUACAUCAGUUGCGUCUUUAGAGGGUGUCUUCAGAUAUCUGGGGAAGCUUUUGCUAGAACCUUUCACAGAGAGAUAUCUGCUGGCACUGAAAAAAACUGAUAUUGGAGCUGAUAACAUCUCAAAUUUCAUCUACGAGUAUGCAAUUAGCAUACCAAAUUUAGCGGUUGAAGAUGUAAUUUUGAAAUUUCAAACAUUACAUUCCAAGUUCGAGGUGUUGCCCACUUCUGCACAAUAUGAGAAGCUCGUUAACUAUUGUUGCGAAUUCCUCAAGGUACACGAUGCACUCAAUGUAGUCGACGAGGCGUUUAAAUUUGGUAUCACUUUAUCAUUGGAGACGUUUCAUUUAAUAUUAGAUGCUUGUGAUCAGAGCUACGAGUUUAAUCUGGUCAAUCAGAUCAAUUCGAGAAUAUCUCACCACAAUCUGGAACCAAAAGUCGAGACCUUCAAGAAGAUGAUAAUACUACAUGUGAAAAUGAAAGACUUUGAAGGAGCAUAUGAAUUGAUCAACGAUCUCCAAAAAAAAGGCUUGAAACCAUCAACAAGCUUGUUCAACAUUAUCCUGUCCGGAUAUUUUCGUGAGAAAAACAAAUAUAGAGCUAUGGAUGUUCUCAAACAAAUGGAAGAUGCAGAUGUGAAACCUGAUUCUGUGACCUACAGCUAUCUCAUAGCCAACAGCCACUGCGAGAAGGAUAUGAUAAAGUUUUAUGAAGACAUGGGUGAAUCAGGAGUUGCACCCACGAAGCAGGUUUUCAUGGCACUUAUAAACGCAUAUGCAUCGCUUGGGCAAUUUGAAAAGGCUGAAAAGGUGGUCUUGGACGAAAGAAUACCAGUAAAGAACUUAAAUGAAAUCAAGAGUGUGCUGGUUGCUGCUCUUGCUUCAAAUGGGCAGUUAUCUGGAGCCCUUAACAUUUACGAAGAGAUCAAGAAAGCCGAAUGCGGUCUAGAUCCCAAAGCCAUUAGAUGUCUUAUUGAACAUUUUCAAUCUGAAGGAGAAAUUGACCGAUCGCUUCAGUUACUCGAGGAAUUGAGUGACUCACGUUAUUGGACCGAUGCCUGCUUCAGGAUCAUAUCUCACUGUGUUCGACAUGAGAAUUUAAGAUCUGCGGUCGAUUUACUCAAGCAACUAAAGGAUAAGUUCAACCAUGCUGAAAUUGCCCUGGAAGUGCUGUUCGAUGAGGUAUUUUGUAUAUUUGCGGAGAAAGAGUCAACAGACAUGCAAUUUGGUCUCGAUUUGCUUCAAGCUGUCAAGGAAGAAAUUGGUGUCCGCCCUUCACGUAAAAGUCUUGAUUUUCUCCUCAGUGCUUGCGUUUAUGCAAAGGAUGCAAAGACUGCCAUUGUGAUUUGGGAAGAAUACGAGAAUGCUGGCCUUCCGUACAAUGUUUUAAGUUUUGUAAGGAUGUAUCAGGCUCUUUUGGCUGCAGGCGAUAGAAAAUCUGCAGCAAAAAUACUAAAUAAGAUUCGGCAAGAUGAUCCACAUGUGCGUUGUGUCAUCAAAGCAUCCGAAGAAACAUUCAUCAGAUCUGCAUCGGUCGAGAAAAAACGAAAGAAGAAGAAGAAGAAAAAGAAGGAAUUCGAAUCAACCGUGGGGCUAUUAGAUGUGGUAGAAGCAAAAACUAAGUAGUGAAAGGAAAAAAACAAAUAUCUUGGUGUAUUUUAAACAUGUAACCUGGAUAUUUAUUCAUCUUUAAUGGAAAUUAUUUAUUUCAA